GUAUUUGUCCAACCGCUAAGAUAGGCGCCAGUCGCGGUUGUUAUAUGCAGGUGAGACAAGAGGAGUCUAGUCUCUCCACAUCACAGCAGCAGAGGUUAUCUCCCACGCCGGCAGUAAAGUCGAGCAGACGAACUGAGGAAAUUACCGGCUGACACAACGACCACUCUGCGCUGAAUUUCCUCGUCUCAGCACACAUUACGGACGUUGUUACGAGUCCAAGAGAAAUGGAUGGGAACCCCCUAGUCAUAGUCUACUGUUUCAGCAUGGGACAGCUCACCAUAUCCCUCCUCUUCUUCCUUUUCACUGCCGAACCACUCGUUUCAGGGCUGUGCCUGGAAGAGGGUUUCGGAGACUCAGGCUGUGAUAGCUUCAGAAAUCUGCUGUCCGACUGUGGUCACAUCCAAACCGCUGGUUUCCCACUUGCGCCGUAUAAGAACGACACAGUGUGUGAAUGGCACAUCCAUGUUAGGCCAAGACACCGCAUCGUGCUAGUGUUCGACCGCUUUCAGCUGGAAGAAUCAGGCGAAACUUGUGAGUAUGACCAACUGUCUAUCCACGAUGGUGUCAAUGAAAAAGCUCCCAAGCUAGGGACUUUUUGCGGCAGGUAUGAUUCUUUCAAAGUCCUCUCCAGCCGAAACCACUUGUACCUCAAGUUCACUUCUGACGCAUCCAUGGCUGCUGCAGGUUUCUACGCAUCAUACGUUUCCGAAGAAGCAGGGCACGAGGCCCACCAAGCCAUUGUUGACAUGGGCCAGAAGACGUUCCCGUGCCCGGGUUCGUUGAAUAUCACUGGGGACGAGAUGGCCUUAAUACCACUGCAGCUCACCCUGCAGAGCGAGCUGAGGGAGCGGAUGUGGAUAACCUGGGACCCUUGGGGCGUAGUUGACAAAAGCUACUUACGGAUAUACGAAGGCAACAACAUCAAUACAACGCCAGUCGUAGAUGACAACUUCAGACAGAAAGUGACUCGCUCAUUUAGUCCUAAAGGUCACCAAUUCUUACUUUCACUCCAUCUUUGGAACAGAGACGGCGGUGUUUUCAUGCAGUGCUUCAUUGAAGAUGUUGUCGAUGAACUCCCUUUGUGCUUUCCUGACCCGAAAAAUACCAACGUUGGGUCUGUGGUAUUUGGUAAAAAUAUGCAUCCAAGACAAGAUGAUGCACACGUGCAUUGCAAGAUCGCGGUAAAGGCUCCAAGCGAUCAGCAACUUCUGGCCAGCAUGGACCUCGUCAACACAAGCCCAACAAUUUCAACUCGACAACAAAUAAACGGCAACAACGCUCGAGUCGACCUGUAUGAUGGUACGAUGAGGCUAGGAUCUAUGUGGCCAGCGCCCUACGUGACUCUUCCGCUCCCAACUCUAACUUCUGGAAAUGAGCUUUUGAUCAUACUGUGGAAAGACUCAGCAAACCUGCAAAGUGCGCAGUGGACUCCUAAGAUUCAGUACAGCCCAACAGGCUGUCGAGAUCUAUCGCACCACCUCACGAAGAAUGGAACCACGACUAUCCAAGCACCUUGUGGCAUAUUCAAGCACCUCCCCGACCAUGACUUCACCAACUAUGACUAUCGAAUACGUAUUGAAAUGAAAGAGAAUAUGUUCAUAGAGAUUCUUAUGCCGCCACUAUCGAGGUACGAAGGCAUCAGAUUCAUGUGCAAAGGAAUGAAGGAUGGAUGCGACGAGGACUUACAGAUUUACGACUUACAAGGGAAUUCGCCAGUGUUGAUUUACUCGUAUUGCCGGGAAGCAGAGGAGGACUGGAAGACGAUUACGUCAUCUAGUCACGCAAUUGAGAUGGUCUACAGGUCCUUCUGCACCUGGUCUAGGAGCGGAUUUUAUUUCCAUUUCAGGACGACGGAAUGCACACAGAUACCAACAACAAGCUGUAAGCAGCAACAGGACCUACAGGCACCAUGCGGGUUCUUUCAACCACCUCCCCGCAGUGACGUGGACAGGCAGCCGUUAGUAUGCGACUGGCACAUAUCACCUCCACCAGGAAACAAGGCGGUGCUAACGUUCCAAAACCUCAGUCUAACGGCGGACCAGAAAGGAGAGGACUUCAUCUUAAUCCAAGAGCUGGAAGACGAUGGCACAUUUCGAACAGUUCUGGAUAUACGGCAAAGUUAUCCAUUGUUCUCAGUGGAGCUCAAAAGUUCGCAGGUGAUGGUAAAGUUUGUCAAGGACAGAAUAGGCACAAAGAAGGACCCGACGUUUACUGCCUUUUACACAACCACCAAAGCUGUAACUCCAAACACAGAACCAAUUGAAAUGGAGGAGCUGUGUGAAAGUGGGUUUCAAUAUUACCGGAGCAACUGUUACCGUGUGGUCGUCAACGAGGAAACGUUAUCUUGGGAAACAGCCCAACAAAGAUGCACGGAGGCGGGUUCGGAUCUGGCCAGUAUUUCCAGCCCAGAAGAGAUGGAACACGUAAAAGAACUUCUGGAGAGAGAGACGGGUGCUGUAGACAGGGAUAGCACCAUCUCGGCUUUUAUAGGUCUCAUGACGACCGGUCAUGACGCGAAAUAUGCAUGGGUGGAUGGCAGUAAAGUGCUUUUCACAUAUUGGAGAGGGACAACCCCGUUGCCAGCUGGACAGAAUACGGAGAGUUGCGCUCUGAUGCUGACUGGCCAAACGGAGACAAAGUGGUUCACCGUGCCCUGUAACUAUCCCGAGGCUACUAGGACCUAUAUCUGCAAGGCCAAGGCCAGAGGUUGCAACAAGGACUGGACCAUGGUAGGAUUCGCCUGCCUUAGGCCCUACGAGCUGUCUUCCCGUCCGUCAAAUCCAUCUAGACAGGCCGAUCGGUUGUGCAGUGAGGCAGGCUCAUCCGUUGCAACCGUCAACUCUUCGAUCGAUUUUCUCCGCGUUCAGGGUUACCUUCAAAAUAUGUGGCCAGUCUAUCCCCGACCGCGUGUCUAUAUGAAUAUCAAAUAUGAUGGAUCAGAUACAUGUGGUGUAGUCGAGCGGCGUUACGAUACCGAGGGGGAUAGUUGGAUCGUUCCAAGAACUGACUGUGCAUUUCGCAGACCCAAUCUGGUGUUAUGCUCUAUGCGAGUUGAUGCAUCCACUUGCCCUUCCUCCUGCAAGUGCUCAGAUGGAGUCGUUAGCUGUAUAAACAAAGGCCUUGCCAAGAUCCCAGCCAAGAUCCCAAGAACAACCCGAGAACUGUACCUUGCUCGCAACAGGCUCAACCUGACAAAAGACUCCCUGAGAACAUGGCGCCUGUUAACCACCCUGGAUGUCAGUGAAAAUUCCUUGAGGGAAAUUCCCGUUGGUACAUUUUCCAGCAUGUUUCGUCUAAAAGCCCUGAACAUCAGUGGCAACCUCAUUCACAGAUUAACGGCAGAGACAUUUAAAGGAUUGGCCAGCUUGCACGUUCUUGAUCUUACAGGUAACAAUGUGAAUGAUGUUUCAAUGGAUGCAUUUCAAGGUCUUCCUGAUCUUUACAAGCUGAACACCAAUCAAUACAAGCUGUGCUGCAUGGCACCCCAGACCAACGUCUGCUCUGCUCAGCAGGAUUAUGUCUCCUCGUGUGAGCAUCUUAUCGGAAGCAACAGCCUAACAGUAACAACGUGGUUCCUUGGAGUAGUGUCAAUAGUUGGCAAUCCGGCCAUUUUAAUAUAUCAAGUGAGGAGCAAAACAAGCGGACCGUCAAAGCACUUUCUUUGCAAUCUUGCCAUAGCAGAUGCCUUGACUGGAUUAUACAUGAUCAUCAUAGCCUCUGCAAACACCUAUUAUCAAGAUCGUUAUAUUCUAAACGAACAACGAUGGCGUUCCCAUGCUGCCUGUGCUAUUGCAACGGGAUUAGUGACGUUUUCCAAAAUGGCCUCACUCUUCCUAGUAGUAGCAAUAGUUGUACAGAUCCACCUCAUAUCUCGCCUCCCGAGUACCAUUCGGAGAUUUAAGAACAGAUACAUUGCUAUUAUGAUAGCUACGUGCUGGAUGUCCGCUUUUAUGUGCACCGUUGUAACGAUGAACAUACCUCAUCUUGGAUUGCUUGACGUGCAAACGACUGCUGCGUGCUCACCAUUUAUAGACAUUAUCCAGAAGCAAGGAAGGUGGAAAUAUUGGUUUGUACUGUUCGUCACUCUUCCAACCAUCAUGACGUUGGCAUCUGUAGCAUGUUGGAGUUUAAGCUGCUAUGUAGAGGGAUUGAACAGCACGAACGAUGGCAAGAAUAAAGUAAAACACUAUGAAAAACAAAGAACAACCAAGACAAUCAUCGUGACAGACUUCAUCUGCUGGAUAAUCGUUGCUGUUGUUGGCAUGUUCUCCACGGUACAGGAUGAUAUCUUUGUCACACUGACGCCAUGGAUUGCUCUGUUUGUUGUGCCUGUGACGUGUGGACUCAAUCCGAUGAUUCAAGUAGCUGCAGCAACACAACGAUGGCCCAUGAAGAGAGAGGUUGCGUGCAAGGACGACGUUGAAGUGGAAACAGUGGAACAACUUUGCAGGAGUCUGCACGAAGCUUCAAAUAUAACCGCAAUUGAAAAAGACGAGAAUUCAGAAGGGACUCUCAUACAGUCAUAUCUGCAAUGCCUUUCCGGUGACAUAGUACCCAGUCACGUGGUUAAAGUGCUUCUUCAGUUCAGGAAAGGGUAUGAAAUACAACAAGAGUCAGCUAUCACAAAUGAAAUGAUGAUACUGAGGCGGAUAGGACAAGCUGGGGGACACCAGAAUGUUGUCCGACAGUGUGCCAUUGCUGACAAAGACGCAAUGAAAUGGGCCCUGUACACGCUCCAUCAUCAUUACAAACUGAGAGAGGUGCUGACCGACCUAACAUCUGAAGACUUGCUUACGACCAACUUGGACAUGACGAAAGCCUUGAAGUUCCUUCACCAAAACGACAUCGUUCUUGGGAAAAUGUCUCUAGAUGCUCUCCUGGUUGAAAAGGAGCCACACUUGAAGGUUCUCAUCGCAGAUUUCUCCAAUGCCAAGGUCGUCGGCAGUAACAACAACUCUAACAAAGACUUUGACGCAGAUUUCCAAGAAUGGAAGAAGCUGAAAGGUGUAAUCGAACGAAAAUCAUCAAAUUUUUCCCUGCCAAUAAACAUUGUGCUGAGGAGGUUUUAAUUCAACUCACAAGGCCCCUGUCCAGUCAAUGGGUGGCGAUAGCUGAGCAACCGUAGGGCGACAAAAAUGAUUUAUUAUUAAUCGGAUUCGUUUAACCUUGAUUAUUCUACUUAGCUCACAAUAUUCAGAGAAAACAACACAGCCUUGUAUGAAUAUUGUAUGGUAACUGUUAUUAGACAGUUACCAAAAACGACGAUGUUAUAAAAGUUUGAAUGUGUUAUCAAUAUGUUAAAGCCAUGAUGGGCCUCACAUGCGAAGUCAUAAUGACAUAAAGUUUACUAAUGUUGUAUGGAUUUCCAUUUCCUUUAUUGAAUAAAUACGUGACGAAAACUGUGAUAUGAAAGUUUUAAGUAUCUGAAGCCUGGUCUUCGUUUUAAACAACACCCUCUUACAACCGAACAGUCUGAUUUAAUUCUUUAGAGGCGUAGUUGCAAAGAACAAACUGCUAAAUUCAGAUAGGCCACAUCCGAAUCAGUAGACACACACACAACUAGUAGCUUGAGCCGCUGCCAAAGCAGUAACUCAUUCUAUACGUGCCUUGAGCGGAGAUUUGACAUCGACCGACCCAUCGUAGAUUACUGGAUCAGCUUGUAAUCUGCAUAAG